AUGAAUGCUGCCAGGAGUCUUAUCACGACUGCGAGAACAGGUGUGAGGGGUACGAAAGCUGCUCCAAGACUUUGGACAAGACAAUUGGCUUUUCAAGCUAUCACCCCUCUCCAAACAUCCUCACAAAAUAUCUCUAGAUCCUGCCAUGGAUCUAGCUCACGAAAUGCUACUCCGGCGUCAUUGGCAGAGGCUUCUAAUCCGGCCAUGGCAUUCCCUUGUCUAGAUGCUCUCGAAACCAAGUCUGCGACCUUAGAAGCUCGAUCCCUUUCAAGUGGCCCAGAACCAUCUUAUACUAGCGGAGUGACACUUAAAUUUCACUGCGAUGAUCCUUUAUUGCUUGACUGGGGGGGAGUAUUGCGAGAAUUCGACAUUGCUUAUGAAUCAUGGGGUGAAAUGAACGCAGACAAGUCGAACGUCAUUUUACUGCACACUGGAUUGUCUGCAUCUUCACAUGCACAUUCAACAGAAGCGAAUCCUAAGCCAGGGUGGUGGGAAAAGUUUAUAGGUCCGGAUAAAAGCCUUGAUACGAACAAGUAUCAUAUCAUAUGCACGAAUGUUAUUGGGGGGUGUUAUGGUUCGACAGGACCAUCGACAAUUGACCCAGCAGACGGAAAACGAUAUGCGACGAGAUUUCCAAUUCUUACCAUGGAGGAUAUGGUGCGGGCACAGUUUCGAUUACUCGAUGGAUUAGGUGUCAAAAAACUAUAUGCGAGUGUUGGUUCGAGUAUGGGUGGUAUGCAGUCAUUGGCUGCUGGUGUUCUGUUUCCUGAACGAGUUGGUCGAGUGGCCAGUAUUUCUGGAUGUGCCCGAAGCCAUCCUUACAGCAUUGCAAUGCGCCAUACUCAACGGCAAGUGUUGAUGAUGGACAAGAAUUGGAAUCGGGGAUUUUACUACGAUCAUAUUCCCCCUCACGCAGGCAUGAAACUUGCGCGUGAAAUUGCAACUGUAACAUACCGUUCAGGACCUGAAUGGGAGUUAAGAUUUGGUCGACGAAGAGCCGAUUCAAGCAAGCAACCUGCCUUGUGUCCAGACUUCCUUAUCGAGACGUAUCUAGAUCAUGCAGGCGAGAAAUUUUGUUUGGAGUAUGAUGCAAAUAGUCUUCUAUAUGUCAGCAAAGCUAUGGACCUCUUUGACCUCGGAGCGACAAAUCAGCUGGCGGCUUCAUCACGAAGGGCAGAUAAUUUAGCCCGUAAGGGAAAUGGGGCUGGUUCUGAAUCUUCUCUCGCAUGCAGCCUUACUCUUCCAGAUAGCCCAUACCAGGAACAACCAGAAGCAAAUGGGACAACAGAUAUCAAUACACCCAUUGAGCCAUCUUCAGGUCCCCCUGCGGACUUGGUAUCUGGGAUGAAAGCCAUGAAAGAUCAUCCUACUCUAGUUAUGGGCAUUUCUAGCGAUAUCUUGUUUCCUGCAUGGCAGCAAAGAGAGAUUGCCGACACGCUGAGAAAGGCAGGGAAUACCAAAGUAAGUCAUGUUGAGCUUGGAGAAGACGUGAGCCAAUUUGGACAUGAUACAUUCUUAUUGGAUGUAGAACAUGUCGGCGGGCCACUGAAGGAGUUCUUGGGUUGA